GGGUGACAAGACAUCUUAGCAGACGAUCGAACAGGCAGCACAUUUUCUUUUCAAGAGUGUUAAACCUGGUCAGCGAAAGCUGUUGAAAGCUGUUCCGCUAAAAACGGAUUACCAACCAAUGCCCCCGUAAGAGAAUAAGAAAUUUUGUAGGAGGACGUAUACACGAGGAUGUGGCAUUAAUGUGUUAAUCAUCAAUUCUCUUGACUUGUUCUGUUAAUCUCCUGCGCUAGACAGAAUGGCAUGUCCGAAGCCAGCAUCCACCAAGGUGUGCCGUCCUUGUGAUGGGUUGCAAGGUGGCCAGGCUGGCCCACCUCCACCAGAAGAUGACGAACCUCCAUAUCCGGGUCGCAAGGGUGCCUACUGUGGUCCAGAUAAAGCUUCUUGGCCUUGGUCUGCGCGACCAUAUUUCUUCCGCCAAUAUUCCCUGGGAGAUUUCGACAUUGGUAGGGUCUUGAUGAAGGGUGAAUUCGGAACAGUUUACCUUGCCCGAGAUUAUCGCACUCGAGACCUGGUGACGUUCAAAGCGGCUUACAAGGAUAAACUGAUGGAAGAACAAGUUUUGUACUUGUUGCGUAAGGAAGUUGAAAUGCAAGGCUAUUUUGAUCAUCCGAACAUCUUGAAGCUUUUAGGCUUCUUCUCGGACGAGGCCAGAAUUUACAUUGUGUUUGAGUAUUGUGAGCAUGGUACUUUGGAGCAGUACCAACGAACCCAGCCGGGCUGUCGACUAGAAGAACCCCUAGCAGCAAAGCUGACAUUGGAUGUUACGAGUGCUUUGCUCUAUUUGCACGAUUUCAACUUGAUGCUGCGGGAUUUGAGACCACAAUCUAUUUUGAUUACAAAGGACCUCACUGCGAAGUUGGCUGAUUUUGCAUUUGCUGUAUACACCGUUGGACCAGUAAAAUCUGAGCCCAGGACAACGCCGGCAUUUGAAGCCCCCGAAUUUUUUCUGGACUUGCCGGUUUCGCGACUCGCUGACCACUGGCAACUCGGGUGUCUCAUUUACGACAUGCUCACUGGGGAUUGUCCAUUUGCCCCCCAACAAAGUUCUGACACCAGGGAUCACAUUUCUGUCUAUCCCGGAGUGGGACAGAACGUCAUCAACUUGGCCUAUGAAAGUCACCGCUGCUCAAGUCGCCUGGCUGACGACUUGAUCAAAAAGCUGAUGUGGAGAGAUGCAGAGCUGCGUUUGCCUCUUGAUCAAGUGAUCAUCCAUCCCUGGAUACUUCACCACACUGCCUACUCUCCGGAGAAGCCCAAGGUUCACAAGCCGAUAGCGCGAACCAUGACAGUGGACGGCCAGACUGUAGAGAGGGAUCAAGUCUUCGUCGAAGACUGUACCGGGGCAUCUCAGCAAAUUAAGGUCACAGCUGAAACCCGAGGUGGCAUGCAAGAGACACGU